GAGUUCUCGUAUCUCAAAGCGACACCUCAACACACCGCCAACGCGGGGCGGGACUUCCGGAAGUGCGCACCCGGAAGAUUCGGAUGCAAGUUACAGUGCUCGCCCGCGCAUCUAAAUGCUCGUUGCUUUAAAUGUGCUAUAGUAAUUUUCCAUCUUUUUCUAGACCGUAGCAUUAGCAACAACAACAACAAAAUGUUAUCGUUAGACUUCCUUGACGAUGUUCGUCGCAUGAAUAAGCGGCAGCUCUAUUACCAGGUACUGAACUUUGGUAUGAUUGUUUCCUCUGCCUUGAUGAUCUGGAAGGGACUGAUGGUUGUUACUGGCAGUGAAAGUCCAAUAGUAGUUGUUCUCAGUGGAAGUAUGGAGCCAGCAUUCCACAGAGGAGACCUCUUGUUUCUCACCAAUCGGGUAGAGGAUCCCAUCAGGGUUGGAGAGAUUGUUGUGUUCAGGAUAGAAGGCAGAGAGAUCCCAAUAGUACACAGAGUACUGAAGAUUCAUGAAAAGGAAAAUGGAGACAUUAAGUUCUUGACCAAAGGAGACAACAAUGCGGUUGAUGACAGAGGGCUGUACAAACAGGGCCAACACUGGUUGGAGAAAAAAGACGUGGUGGGACGAGCAAGGGGGUUUGUGCCAUACAUUGGAAUUGUCACAAUUCUCAUGAAUGAUUACCCCAAGUUCAAGUACGCUGUGCUCUUCUUGCUGGGUCUGUUCGUCUUGGUCCACCGGGAGUGAAGUCCCAGCACUCGAACAGGGCCUACGUCCAGGAAACCUCAUGCCUUUCUAAACACAAUGACAUUAGACUUUGUCAAGCGCGACUGGCUUUUUUAGUAUCAUUUGUUUCAAUGUUUUGUAGAAAAGUGGAUAGGGCGUUUGCAUCAGAAAAAAAAAUUGGAGCUUUAAAAUAUUUUUGUGGGGAACUAAGUUUGAUUUAAUUUAAGGUUGAUCUGUUAUUUUUCAAAUGUAAAGCCACAUUGUUAAGAUUAAACUACGUUUCAGUUUUUCGUUGUUGAGUCAUUGUUUUCAGGUGGAUGUGAAGUAUUUUAUGACAAUUGAAUAUGAAUAUUAAACCUAAACCCUGGUUACCAUCCACACAUGAUUUUAUUAAAUGUUUGUCUAAUUUUUUUGGCCCCUGUUUAACAGUACCAGUAGUUAUUGCUACAAACAAGCAUUCAAGUUCACUCUUGUUCUGCUGAGUGAUAUUGUCUUUAAAAAUCUUUAAGUGGAAAAAAUAAGUUUUGUGUCACCGUUUUUUUGAGACAACACGUUCAUUAAAAUGACCCUUUUAAAGCA